AUGGGUCGUCUGGAUAAGAACCACCCGUUGGUGACUGGUCACGCUGGGCCCGUCCUGGACAUCGACUGGUGCCCUCACAACGACCACAUCCUGGCAUCGUGCUCAGAGGACACCACAGCCAUGGUGUGGCAGAUCCCUGACCAGAUGGGGACCCAGCCCAUAUCAGAGCCCAUCGUGGUGCUGGAGGGACACUCCAAACGUGUCGGCAUUGUCACCUGGCACCCCACUGCACGCAACAUACUACUCACUGCAGGCAGUGAUAACCUGAUAAUAAUCUGGAACGUGGGGACUGGCGAGGCCCUCAUCUCCAUGGACGACCACCCAGACCUCAUCUACAACGUCAGCUGGAACCGUAACGGCAGUCUGUUCUGCACCACCUGUAAGGACCGACGCCUCCGCGUGUGUGACCCCCGCAAGAGAGAGGUGGUCGCGGAGAGGAUGGCUCCACACGAGGGGAUCCGACCAAUGAGGGCCAUCUUCACCAGAGACGGAAACCUGUUCACUACUGGCUUCACCAGGAUGAGCCAGAGAGAGCUGGGCCUGUGGGACCCGACACAUUUUGAGGAACCUAUUGCACUGCUGGAGUUGGACACAAGUAACGGUGUGUUGUUACCGUACUACGACCCAGACACCAACAUGGUUUACCUCUGUGGAAAGGGGGACAGUAGUAUCCGGUACUUUGAGAUAACAGAGGAACCUCCCUAUGUCCACUACCUCAGUACCUUCAGCAGCAAGGAGCCUCAGAGGGGGAUGGGCUUCAUGCCCAAGAGAGGAGUGGAUGUCAGCAAGUGUGAGAUCGCCAGGUUAUAUAAGCUUCAUGACAAGAAGUGUGAACCCAUUGCCAUGACAGUACCUAGAAAGUCGGACCUGUUCCAGGAUGACCUAUAUCCAGACACGGCAGGUCCCGACCCGGCCCUGGAGCCAGAGGAGUGGCUGGAGGGGCGAGACGAGGACCCCAUCCUUCAGUCCAUGAGGGACGGCUACGUUCCCCCCAAGAGCCGCGAGCUCAAAGUGGCCAGGAAGAAUGUUCUGGACUCCAGACCCACCCCCAGACGCAGCAUGUCCUCCUGCGAUGGCUCAGCCAACCUGCCCGUGAGUCAGACUAAAUAUAUCACCUCUUUAUCUGAAUGUUUGUCUAAAAACCCUUGUUCCCGACCUGUCUGUCCUGUCUCUGAUCUGUCUGUCCUCUCCUUGACCUGUCUCUCAUGUACCUGCCUGUCCUGUCCCUGA